AUGCUCACCUCUAUUUUACCCAUCCUCCUGGGCUGCCUGCCCACACUGGGCUCUGCCGGAGCUCUGUUACCCAUGAACAAUGUGAACAGUGCACUGAGGACUAGGAAUGGGCCUGGAAUGACAGAUGCAGAUACUCUGAGUGCAUUGGGGCGAGCUUUCCAUGUCGCCAGAUCCCAAGAUGAAGUUUACACUAUGAAUCGGACAUCUCUUGCAAAAUCCUGGGAUGGAGCCACUUUGUUUACUCUAGGAGGAAACGAUGCUGAAUAUGGCGACAGCUCUACGAACUAUGACCCGACUAUCAGUAUUAUCUGUUCUACUUGUUACGUCAAUGGCUCGGUCACUGGCAGUCUGACACUAACUGGGAGCACCAACUUCACUCAAGCAGUCGAUACUGCCAAGGACAAGGUCUCUGGUGCUGUCAGCAAUAUGACUGACCAACUAGAGGCCCAUGUGAAAGAGAUUUUCACAGACAUUACCAGUCUAAACAUUGACGAGCUCGAAAAUGAUCUUACGGCCUGGCCAACCCUAGAUGUCGACGUCAGCUUGAACAACGCUGAAAUUUCUGAUGCGAAAGUACACUUGGAGUUCGAUGACCUGGAGAUGUAUCUGGAUCUCGAUAUCCAGCUUGCGACAGGGGCAGCCUAUACGUUGAAUAUAUACACCUCCGAGAGCCCAGUAGGAAUUUCUGUUCCAGGGGUUGACCUUGGAGUCUUGUUCAGUGUGGACUUGAUCCUGAUUGCAGAAGCCGAGAUCGACAUUGGGAGUGGCAUUCAUAUAAAGCUCGAUGACGGAUUGGCCUUUGAUUUGGAAAUGUUUAAAACUGACUUGUCGAGUAUUACAAUGCCCGGUGGCUCUUAUGAAAUAUUACCUGUUACCCUUACAGGCGAAGGGGGUUCUCUUCAGGCGGUGCUGAGUCUGAAAGCGAGCGUGGGAGCGGAUAUCUCUGUUGAUGAAGAUUUCCUGCCGAAAUUCAGUGCUGGCGUUGUGGCUGAGAUCUUUGCCUAUGUUGCCGACUUUGUGACAGAAGUAAAUCAUAAAGAAGACGCCGAUAGUGGUGACUGUGAAUGGGAGGCAGCGGUGGAAUAUACGCUUGCUGUUGGAGCAGCGGCUGGUGCCACGGUCGCGGUCGAUACAUAUGCUUGGGGCCCGGCGCCUAUCACAACUGUCCCUGUCUGGUAUACAACUCUUACCAGUACCUGUGCAAAGACAAAGUCGGCAUCGACUACAUCAACUGCAUCCUCUGAGAUCACCGCUCGCGCAUAUUUGAACGAACGAGAGGAUUCUAACAAGGGCGUAGUCACAACAACUGUGACGUCGGAUGAGUCCUAUACAAUUGUCAAUUGUAUCACUUCAGGCGCGAUCUAUUGUCCCGUUCGUUACCAGAACACUACAUCUUACACAACUACCGUUACAUCAACGGUCACUGUAACAUCAGGUGCUACCGCAACAAUGCCAGCAAGCAUCUUUGCCUCAGUCACUAGUCCCAUUGCAUUUGGAGAUGAUGUGAAAAGGAUGUCCUCAACAUCAGGAUCACCGAAGUCCUAUGAUGCAAGCUCGGCCACUGGAGGAAGCAGCAUUCUCAAUGGUACUACGGAUGGUACAAGUAACAAGGUUAUCAUCGGCCUUUGCGUAGGACUUGGAGUUCCCUUCCUCGCAGCCAUUAUUGUAGCAUCCAUGUCAGUACAACCCUCUCCAAUCAGCAUCGGGCAUUUUAGCUAA